AUGACAACAAUAGCAACAGCAGUAAAUGAAUUCAUACCAUUAUUUAAUAUACUCGGACAGACAAGUGAAGAGGAAAAGAUAGAGGACACUUGCAGAGAGAUAUCUGCAUUGUUUGAGAAAUACAUACAUGUCAAGCCACCAUUGAUCGUCGCCGAUGAGAUGGUACCCUUUAUCAAGGGUGGUUUACAACAUCCAUAUCAUCAAGUUCGACAGUUGACAAUGAGACAAAUACACAACAACAUUGGCAAGCAUACUGAUCAGUUGGUUGGUUGGCUCAACAACAAUGAUAUAUUAUCAGUCUUGGCACCCAUGUUAUCAUCUUCUAGAUUGAGAAUUGCAAAUACUGCUUUGGAAAUAUUCUCUCUACUCUCUAAACUAUCUCUACGUACAACCGAGAAUAAUAAUAAUAAUAAUAUUAAACAACUACUUUUAAACAAAUCACUGUAUUCAACAUUAACAGAAAUAUUAAAUGAAAAUAGAGUUGAUACAAAGAUGCAAGUUGACAGCGAUAGUAAUGAAAGUGAAGAGACAUCUACAAAUAGAUUAGAAACAUUUAGAAAGGAUGAAGUAGUAUUGAGAGUAUUGGAUGUAGCUGUAAUGUUGGCAGUUUCGUCGAGGGAGGCUUUGGAAAUAUACAAGACACCAUUUUUAGAGUAUUUGUUGAAUCGUGUACCUCUAGAGACUGAUACAUUGGUUAAAAUCAACUUGCUUGAAAUCAUUGCAAAAUUGGGUGGCAGUUCGUUGGACGCACUUUCUCUAGUGUCUACUUUGUCACCAACAUUUAUCGGUGACUUGGUUGCAACGUUGGAUAUAGAGGGUAUCAAGCAGGAGACGACCGACUCACACUCGAUCAACUCUGUCAUUGUACUCGUUUCAAGAUGGUGUUUGGGUGGUAAUGCUCAUGUCAACGUUGUGAUGCAGUCGGUAUCGAAUACUGGUGUUGGUCUCGAGUCUGUAUACUUUAUAGCACUCGAAUACUUUGUAGCAAUGUUUAGAGAGAAUGAUGUGGCCAAGAGAUGCCUAGAAACGUCUAUUGGAGCAAUCGGAGACAUUGGAUCACUCGAGAACGGUCUCGACCGCAUCAUAGCACGUCGAUCACUCAUAAAAGAGUACAUGGAGACAAUCAGUGCCGCCGACCCUAUUGCAAUGUGCACUAUGCAUUCUUUUGCAACCAUGUUGAUUCAUCAUGGAGACAAACACAAUAAUAAUAAUAAUAAUAAUAUUUCAACACCAGUCAUUCCAAUUUCAACAGAAGUGAGUGACAAAUUAAAACAAGUUUAUGAUAGUUUGGGAGGUGGGGAGGCAUCGGCAUUGGUGUUGCGUCGACUUAUGAAAUGCCUGUCUUCACCAAUCGAAGACAUCAAGACGGCCGCACUACACCUUGCACAAGGUCUGUGUUUCCACGGAUGGGGUGCAGUUGCCUUACUCACCACUGCCUCUGGAUUCAUGGAGUAUCUGGUCAGUCGGUCCAAUGAAAACACCAAAAUCAUGCGUGAGUGGAAAUUCACAAUCGUCCAAACACUCGUCACCCGCCAACAAUCAGUGCUCGACACUCCAACCUUCCAAAAUCAAUGGACUCAACUCCAAACAUACUAUCGUCGUGGUGUCCAUUAUAUGCCAGCUGAUGCCAAUGUCGAAAUUGCAACUCAUCACCUUUAA